GUGCUACGCCCCUAUAGGCUCACACUCCGGUGCUCAACAGCUCACCCAGGCUUCCUAGUUUCGUCCAGCGGCCUGAAGGGAGGAUGGAGAGGCUGAAUCUUGCUCCUGUCGCUGCCAUGCAACAACACCUUCUGAUCUUCUCUCUACAAAAUGUAGACGUGUUGUCUUCAGCUUGAUCAUGUUUUCAGGUGUUCAGGAAGCCCUUCUGUCAUCUGUCUACCUUCAGCCUGAUUUGGGGCGUGGCAGCAGUGGUGCUGUGCACAGCACAAGAGGAAGUGUUGACCCAGGAUGAAAAGCAGCAACUGAACACACCUGCUUCUUUAAAAUGCUCUCUACAGUCUUCCCAGGAGGUCUUGGUUGUGACAUGGCAGAAAAAGAAGGCUGUGAGCCCAGAAAAUAUGGUGACCUUCAGCAAGAACCACGGGGUUGUUGUCCAGCCUGCCUAUAGGGACAAGUUAAACAUCACGCAGCUGGGGCUGCAGAACUCCACCAUCACCUUCUGGAACACAACCCUGGAGGAUGAGGGGUGCUACAUGUGUCUUUUUAAUACGUUUGGGUCGGGGAAGAUCUCAGGAACGUCCUGCCUCACCCUCUAUGUGCAGCCCAUAGUGUCCCUCCAGUACAAAUUCUUUGAAGACCACCUAAAUAUCACUUGCUCUGCCACUGCUCGCCCAGCCCCUGUGAUCUCCUGGAAGGUUGCUGGGUCAGGGAUUGAGAACAGUACUGAGAGUCUAUCACAUCCCAAUGGGACCACGUCUGUCACCAGUGUCCUCCAUGUCAAAGACCCCAAGACUCAGGUGGGGAAGGAGGUGAUCUGCCAGGUGCUGCACCUUGGAAAAGUGAAGGACUACCGGCAAACCAUGAACAAAGGUUUUUGGUUUUCAGUUCCACUAUUGCUGAGCAUUGUCUCGCUGGUAAUUCUUCUGAUCUUAAUCUCAAUCUUAUUAUAUUGGAAGCGUCACCGGAAUCAGGACCGAGAGCCCUAGAGGAGUCGCACAGAAACCUGAAAGCUAUUCCCUGGUCUACUUGAAUCUGAUGCAAGAGGAAAUCAGAAGGGACCAAAAUAAAGUCAUUUUUGAAGGGACCUAAAAGAGCAAAAGAGAGAGGACCAAAAGGCCUAGGAAAUCCAAGACUUUCUACUGCCAUCUAAGCUAUUCAGUGUUUGUUUGAGUUCCAAGAGGAAGUCAUUUAACCUCUCAGGUCUGUUGUAGGACUUGAUUUUGUAAAGAAAAUUCAGUGUUGUGAUGUCGAAAGGGCACUGGACUUAGAAUCAGGAGCACUAAGCUCACAGGUUGACUUGGUCUCCUGCAGGUGAGAGCCCUGUUAGGCACGUUACCUCAAUGAGCUUCAUGUCUGCAUCCAAACUACAGAGGAAAUGGACCAGAUAAUUUUCCAGGCAGCUGUAAAAAUGAAUAUAAUUCCAGAAAGCAUGGAAUAAGCAAAGGGGGAAGAAGUAAAUGUGAAAGAAAAGAAAGAAUAUGGAAAGGUCCAAAGAACUUUUCUGGAACUACCUUUUGCCUUUCUAUUGAUGUUGAAUUUCUUCUGCCCUAGCUUUUAGAUCAAAAAGUCUGUUUUCUGGUCCUUUGCUAUCUAGUCUACUACCUGCUUACUCUUUUGCUAAUGAUUUGUUAAAACCUUGGUUCCACUGCUCUUCUUCGUGUGCUUCUAUGAGAUUGACUACAGUAAAAAUAGGACUGAAUUUAUUGUAAAAUAACAUUGCAACCUUAACUUAUCUAUUUUUUGGAGUAGGGUAAAUAUUGUUAGUCUUAGAUAAUAGUUCACAUUUGCAAAAAAAAAAAAGCAUGCUUUCUUGUCCAUUGUCUCAUAAUAUGAACCAGUCCUAUUUUAGGUUAUUCUGAAUUCAGCUUAGUAUGAAAUGAAAAUAUGUUAUGAAAACAGACGCUUAGGAGAUUUCCUAUAUAGCAGUCAGCCAAUAUAUGUUUUGUCUGCCCUGGCUUCUUCCUCCAUGAGUUAACUCCUCACAAUAGCAGAGGCAAGUAUGAGCAUAUAGUCUCCCUGUCCUACAGAUUUUCUUCUGAAUAGUGAAACAAUAUUGAAGCUUGGAUAACCACUAAGCCUAAUUAGUGCUUUCUUCAGUAUUUUUUGCUUUGUCUGUCUCUCUUCAGUGACUUAGAGAUUAGACUGUAAGUUGUUUUCACUGUUGACUUCCAUAUUUAUAUAUUUAGUGAACUUUUCAUGUGUUAUUUAAUUGUGUAUUAUUUCUUAUAUUUGUAUU